UAUAAUAUGUGUGUGCCGCAAUUCGAAAACUAAUGUUGCUGCUUUAUUGUGAUAUUAGCGGCCAUGAUAAACAGCUUUCUUCAGAGUACAAACAUUGUGUUAUCGGUUCACCUUUCGAUUAAUAGUAAUCGCUCGUAUACCAGACUAUGCCACAAGCGAAUUCAACCCUGUUAAUUAGAAGAAGCGAAAAAAGAAGCGAAUGUAAAAGAAAAAUGUUAUUACGUGACCUCGAGAACGCCGCAAACAUUCAAGCGUUUAGUUUGUGAUCGUGGCAAAAGAGUUCAAACCGCAAACGAAAACAUCGCUGUUAACUAUAAAUAAAAGCGCGAAAAGAAAAACAACAACGCAACUAUAAAACAAAACAGGCGAUAGUGAAGCACCGCGAAAAUGUCGGGUGGUGGACGUGACAGUAGUAGUAGUGCGGGCAGUGGCAGUAACGGUAACAACAGCAGCACAGGAGUCGGCGGAGGCAAUUCGUCCGCAGCGACAACGCCGACAACGCAAAGGCCACGAGGAAGACCGGCCAAGCGGCCUACGUGCACUUGGUGCGGUGAGGGGAAAUUACCGCUUCAGUAUGUGCUGCCCACGCAGACGGGCAAGAAGGAGUUCUGUUCAGAGACGUGCAUUGCCGAAUUCCGGAAGGCAUACAGCAAAGGGGCGUGCACACAGUGCGACAACGUGAUACGCGAGGGUGCUCCCAAUAAGGAGUUCUGUUCGAUGAUGUGUAUGAACAAACAUCAAAAGAAAAACGGAUCGACACGACAUCAUAGUGGUGGCGCCGGUGGUGGUGGUAGUGCGACAGGCGUGGCUAAAAGUGUCAACGAUGGCGAGCGGAAAUUGCUGAGCAGUGGAGCGCCCGCGCCCACUGGUCCCUUUCAAUACGAGAGCUUUCACGUUUUCGAUUGGAAUGCUUAUCUCGAGGAAACGGGUAGCGAAGCAGCGCCCGCUGAGUGCUUUAAACAGGCGCUUAAUCCGCCCAUAAAUGAUUUUAAAAUAGGCAUGAAAUUGGAGGCACUGGAUCCGCGGAAUGUUACAUCGACGUGCAUUGCGACGGUGGUGGGUGUGCUUGGAUCGCGGCUGCGUCUGCGACUGGAUGGCAGUGAUUCACAAAAUGAUUUCUGGCGUUUAGUGGACUCGACGGAGAUACAUGCGAUUGGGCAUUGCGAGAAGGGUGGCGGAAUGUUGCAGCCACCACUCGGAUUUCGCAUGAAUGCCUCCAGCUGGCCCGGCUAUCUGUGCAAGAUUUUGAACAAUGCAAUGGUCGCACCUGAAGAGAUAUUUCAGCCGCAGCCACCGACUCCGCCAGAGAAUCUCUUCAAGGUUGGCCAAAAGCUCGAGGCGGUCGAUAAAAAGAAUCCGCAACUGAUUUGCUGUGCAACAGUUGAUGCGAUCAAAGAUGACCAGAUUCAUGUGACUUUCGAUGGAUGGCGCGGUGCGUUCGAUUACUGGUGCAAUUAUCAGUCGAGGGAUAUUUUUCCCGCCGGCUGGUGUGCACGCAGUUGUCAUCCCAUGCAGCCACCCGGCCACAAAUCCCGCAUGGACUCUAGUUCGAGCAAGCAGCGCUGUCCGCGUCCACGUUACACCGUUGUCGCUGAAUCUGAUGCCAUGGUACCCGCAUCGCCGGUCACAGCGCAUUUCCAUACCAAUUGCAAGGGUGGUCCAUUUAUCAAUAGCAGCAAGCUGCCUUCAAUGGUCACCGGACCGACACAUCAGACGCUCGCAAAGCUUUGCCUACAGGAAGUUCUUGCCGCGAGCACCGACACGCAACAACUUUCGAAGCUGCUCUUCGCUCUAGAAGGUGAUGUGCACAUAGUCACAGCAGCGGGAAAAAACUUCACGGUAAAAAUACCUUCGCCCCUGCGCAUGAAGGACGAUGAUAGCUUGGCUCAGUUCAUUGAAACGCUGUGUACCACAUGCCGGGCAUGUGCAAAUCUAAUCUCACUAGUGCCCGAGACGGAGGAGUGCAAGAAGUGCACGCAGAACCGCAAACGACACCUGACAUCCACAUCGACCCCACCUUCAUCUCCGUUGUCGGAAAAACGCGGUCGACAAACCAAUUCGUCAACGCCAACGCCCACGUCGCUGCCAGAGAAGCCACUUAUUAUCAAACAGGAGGGAGUUGAAGCAAAUCUGCAAGAGGAUUUGAAGUCGGAGAAGAAGGCCAGUAGCAAUGCCAGCGCCGAAAAGGAAUCGUUGCACAAUAGCCAUCACAAUAACAACAACAACAACAAUACCAGUACGACGGCUGCAACCAUAAAAACCGAACCGAACGGCGUGGCUGUGCCUCCAGCAGCAGCGGCGCAGACACAGCCCCAAAGUCAGGCGCAAGCUUUGCGCAAAGUGCGCUUCCAACACCACGCGAACAACAAUAGCACAGCCAACAGCAAUGGCAACAAAAGCAGCUCAGAGUCCAGCAGCAACAACUCAACGACAACAGCCAACAACAACAGCAACAACAACAGCAACAAUAACAGCAACAAUAACAGCAACAACAGCAGCAACAACAGCAGCAACAAUAGCAGCAACAAUAGCAGCAAUAAUAACAACAACAGCAAGAAUAACAACAGCUUGCCAAGCGGUACUGGAAGCUCCAGCGCCAUGGAUAGAUACUUGCAUCUGACGCCGCUUGUCGCUGAAGUGCAUCCUGAGUUAAGCGCCAAGCCGACAAGUAGCUACUACAAAUCUCCCACGACGCUCUCCUCCAGCGCCUCUUUGCCGACCUCUGUAUCGACGCCAUUUACCGCCUCUCAAUCGGCAUCCUCGACUGCUCUGGUCGCGGGUGCUGUCAGCGCAACUUUUGCACCAGCGAGUGCGGCAAAAGCUGCUACAGCACCUGCCGCAGCAGCCACAGCCACCUCCUCGAGCUACGCAGCAGCAGUUGCUGCGACGUCCUCACCCCUCAUUACACCCACAGCGUCCUGUCCCCAACUGCGGACGCAACCCAUAGAUUGGACUAUCGAAGAGGUCAUACAGUACAUCGAGAGCAAUGACAAUUCGUUGGCCGUGCAUGGCGAUCUCUUUAGGAAACAUGAAAUCGAUGGAAAAGCUUUAUUGUUACUCAACUCGGAAAUGAUGAUGAAGUACAUGGGCCUCAAGCUGGGACCAGCCUUAAAAAUAUGCAAUCUAGUUAAUAAGGUCAAUGGGCGGCGAAAUAACUUGGCAUUGUAAAUUAUAGAAUGCUGGUUGUCGACAUCAACAAAUAUUACAAAUGGGACAAAAAGGACAAGAGUAAGAAGACGAAAACCAGUAUAUAUAAGUACUUGUAAUAUUUUCCAGCUUUCGCCGAGCGCACUGCAAAGUGUUAACAAAUUAGUACCUCCUUUACUUGUAAAUUAACAAAGAACACAAAUGGAUAUGCACUAUAUUUUUAGCAUAUUAAAUGAAGGUUUAUAAUAACAUAUGAAA